AUGCAUUUAUACCUUCUCGGCGUCGUUGCGCUCGCAACCUACAUCCUCUACCGGGGCAUCUACAACCGCUACUUCCAUCCCCUACGCGGAUUCCCUGGCCCCUUCUGGGCCUCCAUCUCCGACUUCUUCAAACUAUGGAUCCUACACACCAAACAAGCGCAUACGAUAGGCAUUGAGUAUCAUGAAAAAUACGGAUCUAUCGUGCGGGCCGCACCGAAUCUAUUGGCCGUGGAUGAUCCUAUGUUUUUGCCCCAGAUUUAUCAUCGCCGAGUAGAUAAAACUGAUGUGUAUACAGUUGGGGUUUUAGGAGAAAUCGCGCCGCCUUUCCAGACGCUUAAGCAUGAUGAGCAUGCUAUGAAGCGCAAGAGAGUGGCUGCUUCGUUUACGUUGACGAACUUGAAAUCACUCGAGGGUCAGGUUGAUGAGCGCAUUUUCCAAUGGACGAACGUGUUGACUGAGAGGUUUGCCCACACUGGUCAAGAAAUGGAUUUUGCUGCUUGGUCGCAAUGGUUUGCCUACGACAUGAUCUGCCAGCUUUCCUUUGGUGAACCGAUUGGAUUCAUCACUCAAGGCCGUGAUGUGGAGAGCUUGAUUGAAAACUUCCAUAAAAUGGCCCCUUUUGCUGCAAUUGUUGGGGCUUUGCCAUGGCUAGCUCGGCCAUUUUUGGAGAAUCCCAUCACGAGACGGUAUUUCAUGCCCAAGCCCGGAGAUGGGUCAGGAACAGGAAAGAUCAUGGCGUUUCGCGAUCGGCUCCUUGAAGAGCGAUUGAAAAAUCCCAAACAACGACAGCAGGGUGACUUCCUAGACAAUAUCCUAAACGCAAAGAACCCCGAUGGGUCUACAAUUACGCUGGACGAAGUCAAAACCGAAUGUUUUGUGUUAAUGGUCGCGGCAUCUGAUACAACAGCCGCAUUCUUCUGCGGAUUUCUACGAUACGUGCUCCAAACUCCAGGCGUCCAUGAGAAGUUGGUGGCCGAGAUUGACGAUUAUGAUCGGCGAGGACUUCUCAGCCAUCCGGUUCCGCUCUACGAUGAGAUCAAAGAUAUGCCCUACUUCUCGGCCUGUUACAAAGAGACAAUGCGCUAUCAGCCCUCCACCCCGAUGAUCAUUCCCCGCUACGUCUCUGAAGGAGGCAUGACACUUCAUAACCAAUUUAUCCCAGCUGGAACGGAGAUUGGUGCCAAUCCGUACGUUGUCCAUCGAAAUCGACGGAUCUUUGGCGAGGAUGCUCAUGAAUUCCGCCCCGAGCGCUGGUUGGAGGAUCCAGAUCGGGCUGCCUUGAUGGACAAGUGUAUUCUCACGUGGGGAUAUGGUACUCGCAUCUGUUUAGGCAAAAAUAUUGCACUUUUGGAGACGUAUAAGCUCUUGGUUCAGUUCUUCCGUCUGUUCCGACCCAAGAUCAACAACGGAACAAGGCCAGUUUGGAAACAGGAGAAUUUAGCCUUGUUGGUGCAUCAUGAUUUCUGGAUCAAGAUUGCUAGCAGAGAUCAUUUGUCCUAG